AUGCCGGGAGAUGGUGCAUCCAUUGCAGAGCUCAGAAAAGCACUUCAGGCUACGCAACUGCACUUAUAUGAGAUCCGCAAUGACAACAGGCGGCUGAAAAGGGACAAUGCAUUGCUUAAGGCAAAGCAGCCUACACAAGCUUGGGCAUCAGCUAUCCCAAAGGAGGUCAUUGCUCACGAUGAGGAGAUUGGGAAGCUUGCAAAGAAAUAUGGGAUUAUGGUUGAUAUGUCGCUCGCUUCCGAUGAUUUGCGUAAGCUUAUUAUCGAAGAGUGGCAAGAUCAGAUGGGAUUCGAGCAGCAGGAACAUUUUCCUUGUGCAGUAUGUUCGCACAGCAAUGUACGAGCUUCUCUCUUGAGGGUACAUGCCUCCUCUAUAUAUCUCGAGUUGCUACAAAAUCCUUGUCUGCCACGUGCAACACAUCCCACCACUUAUGACUUUCAAUUGUAUCACCGUGCCUUUCUUGAUAUCAGAGCCCUCAAAGAUGUUACACAUCUUGGUCAUCUCGAACUUUGUCAUUCAUGUCAUCAUUCCCUGGUGAAUUAUCAGAAGCAGCCUUUGGAUGCCAUUGCGAAUUUCCAGUAUUAUGCUAUUCCUGAGUUACCGCUGCUUGUAUCGGCAGAUUGGGAUAAUGCGACUCUUUAUGAUACUUCAUUGGUCUCUCGUGCUUCCGCCACCAAGUUGUCACACCUUUUUGCCCACAAGAAAGAUAGCCCCCUGUAUGGCUCGAAUAUGUGUUUGUCGCAAAAAUAUAUCCGAGGCAAUGUUGCUGUAAUGCCUCAAGACUCUGUUCAUUUGCGAACUGUUUUACCCCCUGAUGGUGCAGAGAUUGCCAACACAAUGUGCGCUUUGUUUGUAGGAUGGAAUGUUAAACCAACUCGUGAAAAUGUUGCUGUUCUUUGGCCUGUUUUUGUUUCAAAAAGGCGGGUUCAUCGUUUGAUUGAGUUUUUAGUGGCAAACAAUGUUUGGUAUAAAAUUGCAGGCGUGUCUUUUAGUGAAGGUAACCUUGACGAUCUGUACCCUGAAGUCGAGAACAGUGUUGUAGAAGCUGUUCCCAUUGCUGUGGAGAUCUGUCAGUUGGAUUCUGACCAAGGUGCAGAUGCCACGACAGCCAAUUAUACUGCUCAACGAGACAUGCACCCUGACAUCAUGGAUGGGACUGAACUUACCUUGACUACAAAUCCUGCCAUGGAUCCUCUCGUGAUGGACGCUAUUGGUUAUACAUCUGGUGACUACACCCCUCGUAAUUUGAAAGUUAUGAAAGCCAAAGCUUUGGCCCGUGUUAUUGAUGGUGGGCAGUUUCUGAAAAUGCAAAGUGGUUCCCACUUCAUAAACAACCAAGAUCCUGGGCUGCUCACUUACUUGUUUUCAAAUUUGGACCCAUGGGGCAUUGGUGGUUUCAAUGAGCCAAACCGCAGACCUAACCAACGGAUAUCUUUCGAGAGGCAAGUGAGAAAUUUGUUGAGACAGCAUGAAUCUCCUUUCCAAAAAGAUCCACAUUUUGCAUAUGUUUGCUGGAACAUUAUACAAAAGGCUGAAGUGAACAAGAACACUUCAUUCACUAUCACCCAACGUGAGCGCAAUUCCAUCUUGGACAAAAUGCAAUCUGUCGGGCCACUGCUCACUAACAUGAUUGCUGCCUGGGAGCGUAAUCCAAACACACAGCCCUCUAACUGGCAACAGAAACAAGCCUUGAAGUUGCUCCAGUGUUUGAAACAUGCAGCUAAAGACCUGAAGGGUAGUUUUGGGUACAAAUUGUGUCGUCGUAAUGAAAUACAUUCAUUGAUAAAGCAUUUUUGCACCCCAGCCUUGUUUCUGAUGUCAAACCCGGCUGAUAUCUUUAAUCCUUUGCUUGGUGUUGUAGCUGGCCUGACUCCUGAACAAUGGGCAGACAUGACUGCUUUUGAGCGUGGAAUUUUUGUGGCCAAUAACCCCGGCCCUGCUGCGAUCUUUUUUGACACACUCAUUAAAGUGUUCUUGUCCAUUGUCAUAAGAUAUGGUCGUGGUGCUGGCCUUUUUGGUACAUGUCUCGCUCACUAUGGGGUGGUUGAGGCGCAAGGCCGUGGUUCCCUUCAUUGCCACAUGUUGCUGUGGUUGAAAGGAAAUCCAGCUCCCCAAGACUUGCGUGACCAUAUGUCAGCAGGUGAUGGGUUCAAGACUUUGAUGUUUACCUGGUUGGAAUCUAUCAUCCAUAGUCAUCUCCCUGGAGAGGAGGUUCUUCAUACCGAGACCCCAGGUGAGGCUCUGCAUAGACCUCCUCGUGAUGCUCACGUUGCAGACCCUUGCCUGAAUGACGAACCGAAAUCUGUAAACAUGACAAAUGAGGACUUUGCACUUGCUUUCCGCCAAACCGUCCGAGAUCUAGCAAUUGAGUGCAAUUGGCAUGAACAUACUGAUACAUGUUGGAAACACUUGAAACCUGGUGAACCUCGUGAUGAUCAACAUUGCCGUAUGUGGAUUGAUGGCAGUACGCGAGCUCUAACUGACUUAGACGAAGAAACUCAGUCCAUUUUGCUUAGAUGCUUGCAUCCCCGUAUCAACAAUUUCACUGAUCUUAUGUUAUUCUUGUUUUGUUGCAAUAUGGACAUUAAGUUCAUUGGCUCUAGAGAAGCUGCUAAAGCUCUCGUCUAUUAUGUGACUGACUACAUAAUGAAAAGCUCUUUGGCCACUCACGUUGGUUUGGCGGCUGUGUUGUAUGCCAUUCAACAAAACAAUAAAAAAUUUCAGGGUCUACAGCCCGCUGCUAGCACAGUCAACAAGAGUUUGUUUACCAAAACAGUUAACACCAUUAUGGCUAGACAGGAAUUGUCCCACCAACAAGUGAUGGGUUACUUGGUGGGCGGCAGUGACCACUACACGAGUCAUAAAUUCAAAAUGAUCAAAUGGCAACAAUCCGAUAAAUAUAUAGUGAAUCACUUUAAUGCUUCGGUGCAGGAUGAUAUCAGCUCUCAUUCCGUCCAACUUGAAGAUGAUGGCAAUCUGACUGAACCUGAAAAUGAGCUGGAUGUUGAUAACAAUGUUGACUAA